UUUUUUUUUUUUUUUUUAUUAAUAUAUUCUAACCUUAUCUCCAUGACAACAAUUUAUGUGGAUAAUCCACCACCACGGUAUAUCGACCAAGUGAGAGACGGGAUAAAAGCCAUGCCGGGCCAAGCUCAAAUUUAUUUUAAAGAUCUCUUUCCCAUUGUCCAUUGGUUACCGAAAUAUAAUCUGGUUUGGUUUUUAGGUGAUCUCACCGCUGCCAUUACCGUCGGCACACUUGUCAUUCCUCAAAGUUUAGCUUACGCCAAAAUUGCAAACCUACCUCCUGUAUUUGGUUUAUACACCAGUUUUGUGGGUGUGAUUAUUUACCCUUUAUUUGGUACCUCCAAAGACGUCAGUAUAGGUGUAAGCGCUAUUACGUCUCUCAUGGUAGGACAAGUCAUGGGAAGAUUUACUUCUUCUCCGCAAUUUCAAUCCGGUGAAUGGACCAUGGCGGAUGCAGCCAUUAAUCUCUCUCUUUUCUCUGGACUGAUUGUAUUGGGUAUUGGACUACUUCGACUGGGUGCUGUAUUUCAUUUCAUUAGUCAACCCGCCAUUUCCGGGUUUAUGGCCGGUAGUGGACUGACGAUUGUGAUUAACCAAUUUAGCAAAAUCUUUGGUAUACCCAAUAUCAACACCUCCGAAGUACCCUAUCUCGUAUUUGGAAAGACCUUGAUUCAUUUGCACAAGUCGACUAUUGACGCUGCCUUUGGUCUGACGGCGUUAGCGUACCUCUACGGUGUAAAGUACCUCUCAAUCUAUUUGAUCAGAAGAUACCCUCAGCAUAACCGAUUGAUUUUCUUUUUCAAUACCAGUCGAAGUAUUGUUGUCUUGGUAUUUGCAACCUUGAUCUGUUACAUGAUUAACCAUUUCGGUCACUUUGAAAAGAGCCCCUUUACGAUCAUCGGUGUGGUCCCUGCAGGUUUUGGUCAUAUGGGCGUUCCCCAAUUGAAGCCUGAUAUUCUUUCUUUCUUCACGGGUGAUUUACCAGGUAUUAUUGUCUUGAUGAUUAUGGAACAUGGUGUUAUCUCCAACAGUCUUGGAAAAAUAUCGGAUUACAAAGUGAAUAUGAGUCAAGAGACAUUAGCCACGGGACUAGCCAAUGUAUUCGGUUCCUUCUUUUGUGCUUAUCCAGGCACAGGCGCGUUCUCUCGAACCGGACUGAUGUCUAAAUCCGGCGCACGUACACCCAUGACAAGUUUCUUUGUGGGUAUUAUUGUGGUUCUUUCCAUCUAUGUGUUUACGCCUGCAUUCACGUAUAUUCCCAAUGCUGCACUUUCUGCCAUCAUUGCUCACUCUGUCUCUGAUUUGAUCUUUGGCCCUACGGUAUGGAAGACGUUUUGGGAUCUCAACCCAGGAGAAUUAGUGGUGUUUGCUUUAGCGUAUAUUAUUGCUUUGUGUGCACGUAUUGAUAUCAGUGUCUAUGUACCUGUGGCUAUCUCCUUGGUGAUUCAAUUGUACCGUACGGCUCGACCGAAUUAUGCGAUCCUGGGACAAUUAGAUUUAGAAGACCCACAAACGACGGGCGAAGAAAAGGAGAUUGGACAACAGACCUUGUAUUUUGAUAGACGCCAUCCUACUGUGGGUAAAUACAUCCGACCGAUUGAUGAAAAGAACAGUAUCAUUUGUUUCCAACCUCAAGAAAACAUUAUUUUUCAAAACUCUGCGUUUGUCUUUGAGAAAUUGAUGGAUGAGAUCAAGAGCAAGACACGACGUGGUCAAGCCCCCGCAGAAAAAUUGGGUGAUCGAGCUUGGAAUAAUGCGCAAUCCCUUUCGGAUUUGGACCGAGAGAAAGCUUUAUUGCAGUCGGUGGUGUUGGAUUUAUCGGGUGUUCAUCAGAUGGAUUUCUCGGGUAUGGAAGGGUUAAAAGAUGCGGCUGUCCAAACGCAACGCUACACGGGUCGACCUGUGCAUUGGUAUAUCGUGACGGGAGAUUCAGCUACGGUGCGGAAAUCGCUCCUGUUUGCAGGGUUUGGAAAUCAACGACGUGAUGUGAAACAUGCAGGACGUUUCUUGUCUGAUUUGUUGCAUGGUGUAGAGGAAGGAGGACAUGCACCUGGUAUUGAAGGAUGUUGCAGUCACCUUGAGAUGCAAGAAGAUACGACCAAGAUGGGUACGUUUGAUAAUGUGAUUACGAUUGAACAAGCACGAAGACAACAGGAGUUAGAAUCCAUGGAAACUGGGUCUGAGAGAGAGGCGGGUAGUCAAUCGAUUGAAUCUGCACGUUGGUGUUAUUGUGAUAUUCGAACAGAGGGUAAACAAGAUAGGAUUGUUGCUGUGCAUGAUAUUUUUCCGUAUUUUUUCACAUCGCUUCAUGAAGCUGUGCGGACUGCACUUGCUCAAAAGGAAGUAGAAAUAGAUGACGAUGAGAAAAUCAGUGUGAUUUCAGAUAGAGGCAAUGAUUCCCAUGGUAGAGAAAGCAGUAGUUCCACUUAGAUUAUUCCCCCCCUUGUACAUAAACCUAUCAGUGUAAUAAAUCUAUUUUUUUUUCCAAUUA